AUGCCACACCAUUCCACUGUAUUAGCACCGCUGAAUAAUCUGCUUAAGAAGAAUGUACCUUGGAAGUGGACUAAAUCAGAAGACGCAGCUUUCAAAGCAGCUAAAAAUCUUUUACUAAAUUCGAGAACACUAGUACAUUAUAAUGAAUCAUUGCCUCUUGUUCUAUCAUGUGAUGCUUCUUCUUAUGGUGCAGGAGCGGUAUUGUCACAUGUCAUUAAUGGGAAACACCAACCGAUAGCAUUUGCAUCAUGUACAUUAACUGAGGCCCAACGAAAUUAUUCACAGCUUGAGAAGGAAGCUUUCAGUAUAAUAUUUGGACUUACCCACACGGCUUCACGACUACAAAGAUGGGCACUUAUCCUAGCCUCAUACCAUUACAAGAUUGAGUACCGAAGUACAACUGCACAUGCUGACGCUGACAGCAUGUCCCGUCUACCUUUACCGCAAACUUGGUGCCCUAAAAGUGAAAAUGUAGAAUGUUAUUUCUUUGAAGCUGGUGUUGUUACUAAUGUAACUGCCGAAAUGAUUAAGAAAAAGACACAAGUGGAUCCUGUUCUUUCUUUAGUAUAUAGAUACAUACAAAGUGGUUGGCCCAUGCUGAUAUGA